CUCUCUGCCAUGUCCCAUUUUGCUCUCCAAUUCUCUCAAAGCGCACAGGAGAACACGGUUUAGCCUGGCUUGAUGGAUCAGCCAAACGCCGAUGCCCGUCGCUCUCUGGGUGUGCGUCCCGGUGCGCGGCCACGACCCAAGAUCCAAAUCACCAAUGACUCCCCUCUGCCCGAGGCUGAUCGCGAUAGCAAGCAAUCUUCUCCCCGCUCGCCCCGCUCUCCGCGCUCCCCGAUUCUCUCCCUUAUAGUUCCAUCUGGUCCUAAACGAGACGUGAGCCCCGGGAGCAGCAGUACUCCAUCGGGCUCUGGUGAAGGGUUUCGUCGUCUCCGAAGACCGACGAUCUCGCGCAAGAACCAAACCGCCGGGGUCACAUCCAAUCGCGGGCAAUAUGAGACUCAGAAGCUCCUCUCUCACCUUCUUGACCGCCUCGAGGCACGACCACGACCACCAGACCUUCUUGAUCGUGCUGCCCUCGCUGCCUGCAAGGCGAAUGGUGUCGCGCGCGCGAAGACGAAGCACCGGGCGUUCGCACUCGGCGAAGCCGUUGCAGCGGCAGCCAUAGGUCAUAAGUUGACUUCGAGCGCAGAUAACCUCCCCCGCGAGGACGAAGAAGAGGACCUCUAUCUCCUUGACGAGGGCGAGUGGAAUAUCGACGCGACCUACGACAUGGUUGAGCAAAUGCGUAACUUGCUUGUCCUCGCCGAGAAGCAGCACUUUGAUGUGUUUGGCGCUUGCCAGGUCUCCGCAGCUGAAGCAGCACGAGCUGCCGCUGCAAAGGAUCGGAGACGCGGCUCCCGUUUUGCAUCCUCGCCUCUUGCUAAGACAGCGGAAGACCCCUUUGCGUUUGAUCCUGCCGUGACUGUCUCCGGGCCGGACUUACUACGUCGCAUGGCAGAGGCAGUCCGCACCCUCCUCACGGUCGACUGCCUCUACAAAACCACCAAGUUCAGACUUAUGCAACCGCCCUACGCUUUACCGGCGGUCUGCAUGGACAUCGCUGCCGUGCUUUAUCACAAGGGCGAUCUUAAGGUGCAGCUCGAAAUGGUGGAGGCUGUGGUGGAUGGCCUUUACAGCAUGGGCGACGUCUUGCGCGAGAAGGUUUUCGAAUGGCUGGAGGGGAGGUUGGCCGAAAUGCUCCAUAAGCUUGCAAGAGAACGCGGUGCCGACGACCAAGAGAGGCGAAACAUGGAAUGGAAUGACCCGUUCGCGGAUUCCCCGUCCCCAACAGUGCCCACUUUCGCGUUCUCUGUUCAUCCCGCCGACGAUACGGAUCCGCACGACACCGGCACAGUGGAGCACAAACCCGGAUGGGUGCGGUUCUCGCCCACAAGCGCGAGCCCACUUCCGAGUGCCGCUAGAGACAAGCUUCACGGGAUCCUCUCCACGCAUACCGCGAGCGGUAACAUCUCCUUGGCUGCAAUGCGAAUUGCCGCCAUUGUACCCCACAUUCUCGUGGCCAUCACCUCCACUGUCGACCUGAGGUCAUUGAACCUCGUGUCCAUCUACCGUGUUCACCGCUUGCUGUCCCUUAUCCUCUCUGCCAAACCGGACGCAGCGCUUGACCUCAUUGAAAUCAUCGCGCAUGGCCCAUCUCAAACCCGCUCUCGAGGUCUUGAUUUUCUCGCUACCUUCUAUCCAGAAAGCGUUGGGCACAACGUGAUCGCUCGUCGACCCGCUCUGGCAACGCACCAAGCCCACAUGGCUAAGUGGGAGUCUGGGCAGGAACGCGUUCUCGGCGAAGACGAUGCGGAAGGUCACGCUUACAUCCCAUGGCGUGCACGGGAGGACGAGGGGAUCAAAUGCACUGGCUGCUACCAGUUGUGCAUUGGCUUCUGCGUGAGGUGUACUCUGUGCCAAGGCAUCAAGCACGCAAGCUGUCUCCAACUGUACCAGGAGGAGACUUACCAAUACAAUGUCCUCGUUCAAGGCCCAGGGGAAACGCAACCAUCGAGGACUGAGGUCGUACAUGUCCAGUUCUCUAAAUGCAUUCCCCGCCUUGACGAGAAGGUGCUCGGCGGCGGUGCCACAAAGGGUACCACCGACUCAACAACACGUCGAGUGGGCCAACAUGAUCUCCACCUCGUGAACUUGUUCCGUAUCACCCUCUGCGCUGAGUGCCACGAGCCGCUAUGGGGCGCAACGGCCCAAGGCUAUGCCUGCAUGGGUGUUUGCCAGCGAUUUUUUCACGUCUCCUGUGCCGAAGAGAUGGCCAAGGGGCACGCCCGGGUCUGUCGACCAGGGUUUGAGAUUUACGCCAACCCCAACAACCCACCUACAGCUCGCGAUCCCUUCUCAGCAAGUGCCGUAGAUGUGCGGGAGUCGUUUCAGCGAGCAGCCGAUCGCCUCUACCGCGACCCCGACAGGCUGGGAGGCGCAAGCUACGACGAGAUUUCCUUACUCUACGCGAGCACCUGGACGCAGCUGGAGAUUCUCAACAAUGGCAUUGCCUCGGGCUCCCUCAGAGUUCACCAUGAGGGAAACUCGGCCGAGCAGAUUACCAGCCUAGCAGCGGUCCUGUCCAAGUACAAGGCAAUUCUUGACAAAGGCAAUCUUCCAAUGUCGUCUGCGGUCGAAGAGUAUGGGCGGAUCUCAGGCGAAACCUCCCUCAACUGCGACCUGCUUUGGAGACUUGGGUAUCUUCGAUUCUGCGCAGCUCUUCUGCGCGCUCCUACGGAUUCAUUGCAUGCGCCUUCGUUGCUGAAUCCUACUGGUCUUCUGACCGUCGCGGAUAGUCACUCCUCCCAAGUCGACCCGCCCAGUGUCGCGUACGAGGCGGUUCAAAUGCACUCAAUCCGUCAAACGCUCAAGGCUGAUCUUAAUGUCCACUCGGACUUGGCUGCUUCAAUUCUCAUUGAUCAGCUGCGGCUGCUAGGCCUCUGCAGCAUCGCCAACACGCAACGCAUUACACCACCCAUCAUUCAUAGCAACUCACUGACGAUCAACUUCCCUCUCCCUCAGUUGAUGGACGCCUCACCGUCCGUUGAGCUGCUCGUGCUGGUUAUUGAGCAGCUACUGGACGACAUUGAUAUCACGGCCAACGAACAGGGAUUAUCACUCCUCGUCAACCGCGCGUGGCCUAGCAGCAUGUGCGCGCUCUAUGCCAUGGAAAGGCUCGGAGGCGCUGUCAUGUCGUGGAUCAUGGCUGAGGACGACGUGUUGCAUCAUGUUGUGAAGAAUUAUGCCUCGAAACGAAGGCGCCCGCCCGGUGUACGCACCUCUACAAAGGGCGAAGCGUCGGUGAAUGGGUAUAGGGACGAUCGUGAUGAGAUUCGCGCGCGAUACGCACGCCCCUGGCUGAAAGCCCUGCACGACCUGGACCCAGGCCUUUACGGCGAGCUUGCAUACGACCGCAGCAAGAUAAUCGAUGACCGGUGGGGAGUUAUCGAUCUGAAGAAAGGCGACGCAGCCGCAUCGCAAGUGGCAGGAAUGGCUCUUGAUCGGAUCACAGCCCUCGCAGACGCAAAUGCAACAUUCGACAUCACUCUCGACCUUCUUACGGCCUGGUUAGAAGACAUCAGGGGUUUGGCACAUGAGGAUGCUGCGUUCAAGGCCCUGCCUCGGCUUCUCCGCCACAGCCACGAUCUCAACGGUAGCUCAACAGAUCUGUGGACGUUGGCCAACGAGACCUCCCGUGAUGACGUCCAGGGGUUACAGCGCGUCUGCCGCUGGCUCCGUGUACUGGCCUGUUCUGGCGUCGAGGUGCCGUGGGAGUCCCUCACUGCACUGAUGGACCUCGACAGCCUCGCCCAGAUUGGUGAGGAGUCGCGAUCUGACCUGGUCCUAGCAGCAGGAGUCAAUUCAGCCCCCAUUGCGCACGACGCACACGCGGAGCUCCUCUCUCGCCUUUUCGCCAAUGUCGUGGAGUCCCUCCACAAACAACAACGCGAUGACAUCGGGGAUGAAAUCCAGGCCCCGAGUGACAUUGAGCUCGACAUGCUGCGUACAGGAAUGGUCGCUAUCUUACGCGCGUACGAGGUCAAAGUCUCGGACAUUGAGACCAGCGCGUUGCACAACGAAAGCACGGCCAAGCAGCUUAUGAUCAAUAGCAAGAAGAAGAACAUACCCCUCAGAACGAGACCGAUCCCACUAGACGCCGACGCCGUGCUUGCUGCCGCCAGGCUCCUAGGUCAUCGGCAGUACCCCGCUGAGCCAAUGUUGGAUUUCAUAUGGCUCCUCAUCAAGGCACCAGCUGCAGACAAUCCUGUCGGAUUCCUUCAUCACAUCUGCUCAGAACUAUACGAGUUCCUGUGGCCGCUGUAUGACCGGCCUGUACACCGCGCAAGCCGCGCUCGGCUCUUAACGAAACUACUGACCAUCAACUCUAAGCCCCUUGAGACCCUUGCAGGCGAGCGUGCUGGCGGGCGGGAUUUUGACGAUAUUACAAGGGAGCGGCUGUACACCUUCGUGCUGGAGCUAGCCGAUGAGCGAGUCACGCAGGACGUAGAUGUGCCGAACUGGAGACGCUCAGCAGUAGGCCUUGUCUUGAAACUGUUUAGCACAGCCAUUCCGUCAACGGACUCAAGCCCGCAGAACCUCGUCAUGUGGAGAGGCCUCAUGCCUGCCCACCUCGAGGCCCUUACUCUCUCAUUUGAGAAUUACUUGCUGUUUGGCAGUACCGACGAGCAGCGCCUAGCGUUGCUGUCCAAGCUCUUGCAUCUGCAAACCCUCAAGCCCUCCUGGCCAUUUCUCGGAUGGAAGGCCAUCGAGAAUAUUGUCACUGAACAGGUCCAGACCAUUGAGGCUCUUCACGAGGCAGACACAGUCCAUGCUCUCACGGCCGUUGCGGACGCGUUGACCAUACGCGCAGCCGCGCUGUCGCUGGGUUUGAACAUGUUGGCGGCUGGCGUGCCCUGCGAGUGGACGGUGCUACAACGCUUCCAGCAGUUCGCCGCUGCAGCAUGUGAUCUCCCGUGGCCCUCGCCCUGCGACGCCAUAACCCUGAUCCUACUUCCAGCGCUCAAGAACAUCCUAGACUCCUCACGUCGUAUCUCGGCCACACAAGAUGCGGAUGAGAAGAAGACGGUUCUCGUCGGUUCACUUUUCGUGCCGGUUGUUAUCAAGUUCGCCACAGUUCUUCAUGAUUGGGAUUUCGUGGUACAACGCCAUAUCCUCGACAUUCUCCUUGUUGUGUUUUUCAAGCACAAUGUUAGAUCUGUGCAGCUGCACACAGAAGACGCGUUGAGGGCCACAUCUUACUAUGCCUCGACAGCCACCAAUGCGCAGAACGGUAUUCUAGCAAUCCAGGUGCUGCGCACAGCGCAGGAGCGCAUGGAUCGUAACAAAUUCUCACACGUCGUGCCGCAACUCUUCAUAAAUGUCGCGUGGACUGUCAUCCGGCCAGGGGGUGAUACAGAGCUGGUCGAUUCAGGCCUGUCCUUUAUGCAAGAGGCAAUGUCAGAGUUUGGAUCCGCUGGUCUCCUGCUGCAUGUCCUCCGGAUGCAGUCGGAUCAAGGGCGUGAUCGUCCAACGUACCUAGGGGAAGCUAUCCAAAUGGCGGGCCGUGAGUCGGAGGACACAAUGCAAGAAUGGCUCAACCAGCUCUUCCGCUACCUUCCGGACGUGUUGCGAGAGCCUCGCAAGAUCAUUACUCAGACGGCACUCCCCCUCGCGAAUCUCAUAAAGUCCUUGAAAUGCAAGCUCUCGGAGGAGAGCAUUCUGGAGUUUGGCGCUUUCAUAUCGCGGCUGGGCAAGCUUGCGGGCGAAUGGGACUCGCCUCGGGACUUUGACCCCAAUCCCGUGAUUCAAACGUGCGCACAUGUCCUCAAACUGGCUCCAGGAUCCUCAGCAGCCACCCUCCUGCAUCAAAUCGCUACCUUCGUCCAGGUUGCUGUGACACGGUAUACAGUAUGGCUCUCUACGCUGUUCGAACUCGUGCCCGUCACAGUCGAGGUUGUGAAACAACAUCACCCAGAGAACACGGUGGCCGCAGUCAUCUUUGACACUGCGCUUGCCGGCGUCCGCGGGCAGACUUUGUCGGCCCCAACCCUAACUUCUUUACUCCAGUUCCUGGCCCACGAUGAGAACGACUCCUCCACACUCACUCAAGAGCGCGAGAAGGUCAUGGUCGAGGCGUCGUAUGGGUGCGGUCUCCUCCUCCUGCGCGAGCACCCUUCAUUCGCGGUGAUGCGCGACCCCGAGUUAACGAUGAAGCUCCUCGACGCCGCAGCCACCGUGAUCGUGCGCGCCGAGGUCUUGGCGCCAGGGAACACCGGCUUCGUGCUGAGCAGCGCCCCCAAGAGUUCGGGAAUUACGCAGGUGCACGUCUUCGGCCAUAUCCUCUAUGCCUCCCUCGCGGUUAACCUGGGCAGCGCGCGGGCCGACCUCAUCUCUCUUUAUCCCGUGUUGGCGCGGGCUACUGCACGCACAAUGUACGGCUGGUCGGACUUGCUCAGUGUUCUUGACCCUACUGGCGAGGGCUCACAAUUCGGCGAGAACGUGUUUAUCGUCAUGCGCCUCGCAACGCUGGCCAUUAAUGACCCUAACCCCACGUCUGAGAGCCCCGCGACAUCCGAGGCCCUCGCCGCCUUCUGGCGCCGCCUUUGGCCUGAGUGGGACCGCCUGCUCGGCUCCUCGCUUGCACCCUCCUGCGCCAACGACAUGCUGCGCGCCUUCACCAUUCCCCUCCUGCUGGACAUCGUGCUGUUCGUCGCUUCCGCUGCCCCCUUGCUGCUGGUAGAUGCGGCGGCGAUUGUCGGCCGCGGCCUGAACGCCAUUGAGGACUGGGACGCGUCCCAGGACAUCAAGAGCUCUAAGCACAAGCUGGCGCGUGCAGUGGCUGCGCUGGAGAGCGUUUUGCGUUCGAGCGACGAGACACCGUUGAACCGUGCGGCCGCCGUCGAGGAUGUCCGCAAGGCGAUGGUCAAUGGCGAGAAGAUGCGGACUGCGGUGCUGGGCCGAGAGCCGCGUGAGCGUGAGCGUGAACGCGCGCCCACGCGCAUGGGCUUCCGAUAGUAGAUAGAGUUUGUUGUAACUUGUAUCUGCUGCGAUGGGUGUUGUGGGGGUGUGAAAUGUGAAAGUUACGGCGGGAGCUGGG